AUGGACAUUUCGAUGAAAAGGCUUUCGUCGUCGGUCCUCACAAGUUCCUUUGCGGCAGCGACUCUCCGGCAGCAGCAGCACGACGACUACGACUACGACUACGACCUCAACCUCAACCACGACCACGACCUCGCAGUUGCCCAUCUCCCCGCUGCAACCAGGUGUUUGCUGUUGGUGUUAUCGUAUAGUCAAGGUCAUCAUCCACGUUGCGCCCGAUCCCAGUCAACCUUCCGCUUCUUGAUUGCUGCAUCGUACCGUACCUUCGUUCACCUCCUGAUGUGGAAACAUGUUCGGGGGCGAUACGGACCGGUGGUUCAGCCAAAUGAGAAGCCGUACAGGAUUACUGCCUUGGACCCUCAAGCUUUCAAGCUUCAAGCUUCAGGCCUGUUGCUUGGCAUUGCGCCUUCUCCAGGACUGACUCGAGCUUAG